CCAUCCCACACCCACAUAAACCCCUUCCAACCAUCCCUUUAUCUCUCUACUACUGCUACCAGAUCUAAUCCCCACCCUUCAUUUUUCUCCUCUUCUCUUUACUCCAGAGGCAAUGGCAUCCAUGAAUUCAAGUGUAUUGGCAUGCAACUACGCCGUUUCAGGCACCGCAGAUGCCAAUUGGAAGAUCGCAUCGAUGCCGUCCGUUGUAUCGCCUGCGGCAUCCCACUCCAAAUCGCCAAUGAUCAAGGCCCAGCAAGUUAGAUCCUCUGAAUUGAAGGAAGGAAGAGGAAGUGAGGGAAGGAGAGCUGCACUUGUCGGUCUGGCCGCCGCUCUUUUUACUACUGCUGCCGCUACAUCGUCUGCGAAUGCUGGCGUCAUUGAAGAGUACUUGGAGAAGAGCAAAGCCAACAAGGAACUGAAUGACAAGAAGAGAUUAGCCACGAGCGGGGCAAACUUCGCACGUGCGUACACAGUAGAGUUCGGCACGUGCAAAUUCCCAGAGAACUUCACCGGAUGUCAAGAUCUCGCCAAGCAAAAGAAAGUGCCAUUUAUAUCUGAUGACUUGGCGCUGGAGUGUGAAGGGAAGGACAAAUACAAGUGUGGUUCGAAUGUUUUCUGGAAAUGGUGAACCUGCAGCCAAUAUCAAUCUGUACUUAGUUCAGUAAAUGUUCCAUUUUUAGAACAUCCUGUAUCAAAUCCGUAUUUUUAUUAGGACUCUUGUGCUUUUCAUCAUCAGGGAAAUUUUUUACUAUCA